AUUACUAAAAAUAGGCACCAAAUUGCUACAAUUUUUCCUAAAAUUAAAGAGAUGUUGACAAAAAGAAUUUCAGUUUAGAAUAUUGGCCUCUCAAAAGAAAUGAGUGAAACGGUUUGCGUCUUUAUAUCUCCCACAUGGAUUUGAAUCCGAUCUCGACCUCCCUUGAUUCUUCCCUUACAAUGCCCUCUUCAAUAGACCAUAAACCUCAACAACCACAACAAUUGAACCCUCAAAAUCUUCGUAAAACCUUCAGAAACCUCAAAAAUUACACUUCCACACUUGCCAAUUUCGUUCUCCAAUGGCAAGACCUCGAAGAUCACUUCCUCUAUAUCAAAACCCAACUCCAACACCUUGAAGAAGCCACCCACAAAUCCAACACCCAACAAUCUUUUCCAUCCCCAAUAAAAGAAAAUGGAGAUACCAUAACUAAACCCUCUAUCCAAUCUCAAAACGAAAACACAGAAAGUAAAAUCCAUAAUCUCGAAACAAAAGCCUUCCAAAUUGAAUUCCUAGAUAGUUUAAAUAAUGAAGGCACUAUUGAACCCCCAAAGAAUUCAUCUUUGCCCAUAGAUAACGGUAAGUCAUUGUUAUCGUACUUCAAUGAGCAUGUAAAAGAGCAUCAUGUGUUGAGAAGUGCUAUAUUUGAAGCUUUUAAAAAUAUGCCCAAUCCUGGGAAAUUAGUACUCCAAGCACUGAGAUUCUUCUAUCCAUGUAAUUCAAGUAAACUUGAGCUGGGUGUUGAUUUGAAUGUUACAAGAAACAGCUGUGUGGUUUUUCUUGAGGAAUUGAAUAGAGUGGGGUGUUCGAUGGGAAACCAAGAGAGAGAUGCGGCAAUCGAAAUGGCGUUGGAGUGGAAAGCGAAGAUGAAGAAUUCUUUGGAGCUUUUGGGGUUUUUGAUGCUUGUGGCUGUUUUUGGAAUAGUGGAGGAGUUUGAUAAAGAUGAGACGUUUAAGUAUUUUGGCAAUGUUGUGCAGCGUGAGCAGGCGCCUGUUUUGUUUCGUGCUUUUGGCUUUGCAGAUAAGGCUCAUGAUUUUAUCCAGAAACUUAUUGACAAAAACAAGAGACUUGAGGCUGUUCCUUUCAUAUAUGAGUUUGAACUGGUUGGUGAAUUCCCUCCAGUGCCCCUGCUUAGAGCACAUGCAGAGUAUGCUGAGGAGUGCUAUACAAAGAUAUGCAACAAGGGAAAUAACUCUCUAAACGCUCUGGAUAAUGCUACAGGAACACAGCUAGCUGCUUUGAGAGGUAUACUAAAAUUAAUCCAAAAAUACAAGCUUCAAACACAGUACUCCCAGAAGAUCAUCAGAAAACGCAUCCUGCAGCUUAAAAAGCAUAAAAGUGAGAAAAAGCCUGCUAAAACUUCCCUUGACCCUGUGGUUCAGCCACAGCAGCAGAGUGGAAAUAAGCGUACUGCUCUGCACAAUGGUCAAUUAAACCAGCACCAUACAUCUAAACGACUCCAGAUGGUGGUACCAACAUCUAGCUCUACUGUUUUCGAUUCCAUCAAUACCACAAUAAGCUCAAAACCACAAUCUUACUAUCAGGAGGCAGGCUUGCACAGAAAUGAAGACACAGAAUACUUUCCCUUACAAUCUGGAAAUGCAACAUCUCCAAUCAAUGUCACAAGUGCUUCUUUCAAUACUUUUUUGACCAGUUACCCGAUAGCAGGUCAAGGUGCACAGCAUUUGAGCCCAUCUCCUGGCUACAAUUUUCUUGAGUCCUCCACAUUUACUGUGCAUAAUAACUCGACAGGUCAUUUCCAUACAGUGGGUUCUGCUCUCCGCACACUGCCAAUAAGUUCAAUUGGUGGACAGUAUGGAUCUGGUAGCUGCAUUCCUGUUAGUGCCCAUCACUUCGCUUCAACAGUUGGACCAUAUAGUUCAAUACCCUCAACGUCUUUCGGACCACAUAUGGACCUAUUAGAUUUAAUACAUCAUACAAAUAUUACAAAUGGGGACCCUGGACAACUCGGAUCGGCUAGAUUUCCCUCCAGUGAUUGGCAUAGCCGCUAAAUCAGGUUCUUGUAAGUUGCUUCGUGUAUAGUUAUAUGUCACAGGGCAAACGCAGGGAGAAUUUCUGAACAAUAUUCAGUUGUGCUUAUUGUCCAUAUUAUUCACAACGUAAAGUAAUGCACAAACAUCAUUUGGCCUCGUACAAAUUCCUCUUAAAUCAAUGCAUUCAUGCGUCUUUGGGUUGA